AUGGAGUCGUCCUCGCCCUUGGCGGCUAUGCAUCGCCCCAUGGCAAUGCCUUCCUGGGGAAACAAGGACCUCUUCCGUCCUCGUCCUCACACUUUCACCGGCGGGGCUGGUCCCGUAAGCCUGCGCGAGCAGCUUCACAGACCAAACGACUACUUCAACGUGAAGGACGUCCACGGCUCGUCGCCCGCCGCCAGCCUGGCCGCCGAUCUUUCCCAGAACUUUCGUCUGGACAGUGAAGCAAGCCCCAAGUUCCCGACGCCUCGUCGUGCCUUGUUCACAUCCAACAUGAUGGGUGACAUGGAGUCGCAUGGGAAUGGUGACGCUGAUGUGACACAAGAUUAUUUGACGACGCCUCCUCUGCCCGACUCGUCACCUGCGACUCACAACGAGAUGAUGGAUGUCUCGCCGCUGCCGCACAAGCUCCCGUUCAUGACCCAGAUCGAGAUAACGUCACCGACUCCGGGCUCGACCCCUACGGGCGACGAGGACGACGAGAUGAUGUUGGACUCGCCAGCCCCCAUUCCUCGGCAGGCGUCGUUGGAGCCACCCAAGCCACUGCCAGCCAUGCGCCGGCCUUCCCUGACUCGGAUGAAAGGCUACUCGACUAGUGGCGUUCCCGGCCGUUCCAACACAGACAACCAGCUCCCGACUUUCCGAUUUGGUGAGAAUCGUUUGACGCAUAUGAGCAGCGCCAUGUCCCUAGGAGAGUGUUUCGAUGCCACAUCACCUCCCCAGGAACGACGACCUCAGACUGCCAACAGCCCAACCCCUGCCGUGCCCGGUGCCGUUCGUCCUCGUCCUCAGUUUUCCAGCCUGUCCGGCAACCGCAACAGUCCCUUUGGCAGUGGUCACGGCCGUCGGCCCUCCAAUCCCUUCAUGCGUCCCCGCAAGCAGUUCCGCCGCUCGCUGAGCAUGUUCGAGCACCCCGGCGACGUUGUCAAGUCCAAGUCGGAAGGCGGCGACUCCUCGCCCACCACCCCCGAAUCUCCUGCCAGCAUGGAAGCCGAUGAUGUCCAGGAGCCCAUGCUGCCUCACUUUCUGGCUGAUGAUCCCACUGAUACCAUCCCCCGCAUCACGAGAGAGACCAUGGUUGAUCUUUUGGAUGGGAAGUACAGUGACAAGUUUGAUCAGAAGAUGAUCAUUGACUGCCGCUUCGAGUACGAGUACGAGGGCGGUCACAUUGACGGCGCCGUCAACUACAAUAGCAAGGACCUCCUCGCCUCCCAAUUGUUCCAGCACCCCAUGCAAGGACGCACCAUUCUCAUCUUUCACUGCGAAUACUCUGCCCACCGCGCCCCCAUGAUGGCUCGCCACGUCCGCUCCGAGGACCGGACUGUUAACGCCGAGCACUACCCGCGACUUACAUACCCUGACGUGUACAUUCUUGAAGGAGGAUACAGCGGCUUCUUCGCCGAGCAUCGCUGCCGGUGCUAUCCUCCUAACUACGUGGAAAUGUCGGACGAAGCCCACCAACGCACCUGUGAACGUGAACUGGGCCGCCUCAAGAACCCUCGCAAGGGGUUCGGCAGAGCCCAGACGUUUGCCUUUGGCCAACGCGAGUCUUGCGGCGUGGACCAAUCACCCACCGCCCCCUCGCGCCCCAGCGGCCUCAGGCCCAGCAUCAGCUUCCGACAAGAUCCCAUCGCCAUGAUUGGCAACUCUCCAAUCCUCGGCGAACGAUGCCAUGCGCGGCGCAUGGCAUCUUACUAG